AUGGCGGCCGAUGGCAACUUUCGCUUCAUCUCAAUUCAAUGUCCGGAUGGCGUGGAAGACCGCAAAAAUAAACGGUUGGCUCGGUCACAUGCAAUAAAACAUGCUCUUGAGAGAAAGCGAAAGGCGCAGCAACAGUCUGGGCUUAAUUUCCGGCUUCUCUCUUGGAGUCAAGAUUCGAGUCGGGCUACAUCAUCGAAAAGGAUACAAUUCAAUCGUAUGAUCGAAUCGCCCGAAGUGAAAUGCACAGGUGCUGCGAUCGACUUGAUUCGUAUUCUGGAUUCUGGAUCAUCGAGAUUGCAAACAUGCUUAAGCCAGAGCAAAACCGAGCACUCUGCGGAACCAAUCUUUAGUAUUGCGGAUGAGUUGGUUCUUUUCAACUUCAUCCAAGUAUUUCGGGCUCGCCCAGGUGACCCUGCACUCCAUAACGCAGCAAUGCUCACAUUUUCUCUUGCCAUGAAUGGGGCACUCGACAUUGCGGGUCUGAAUUUUCAAAACAAGGUUAUUAACACAAUAAGUGAGAGAAUGAGUCGUCUCGAUGUGGCUACCUCUGAGUCCACCCUGGCAUCUAUCGUCCUACUUGCUGGAAUCGAAGCUCGUCUUUCCAUGCCGAUUCAGGUCCAGUUUCAUAUGAACGCCAUUCAACAGCUUCUUAAAGUAUGUCAAAGCCAAGGAAUUCAUCUGACAGACGCAAUUAAACGGGCCAUUUUCUGGCAAGAUCUUAAUUCAUGCGUCAUGACUGGAUCCAAACGGAUCGUGAACCACGAAACAUUCCAUGAGCUUCGUUGGAGAAGAGACCCAUUUGCCCCUAAUAAUUUUGUCUUGCAGCCUGGGUUUCAGAGGGUGCUCCAGCAUCUAAACCCAGGGUUCAUCGAAAUACUAGAAGAUAUUCACUCUCUGCAAAAUAUCAGGGAAUCUACCUAUUUCGAAUCAGAGGACGUCAUGUCGAUGGCGCAGAUUGACAACCAUCAAGCCUCCAUUCAGUCGAGGCUGGUCAGCAUACCAAGCACUUCGGGGUUCUUGGAGUGUUGUAACAUUGCCGCUUAUCUAUGCUCAACCAUGCUACGCUGUAAAAUUUGGAGAGCGUCGGUGUUUCCGUCACAACUUUCAUUGAAGUUGCUGCAAAAGCUACAACAAGAGAAUGUAAAUUCCAUAUGGGAUUCUCACCCCGAUCUACUGCUCUGGCUUAUCUACAUUGGUGGUGCUUUUGCCCCGUCAGGAGACGUCCGAGAACAAUAUCUGAUGCUCCUAAAUUUGAAUCGCGCAUCUAGAUUCGAGAAUAGGUAUGAUGAAUGGCCUGACAUUCUCGCCAUUAUGAAGCAGUAUAUAUGGUCAGAUAAGGCGUUUCUAUCGCAACCUCUCAAAAUUGGCAAUAUUGAAGUCUCGCACCGCAUCGGCAUGCCUUCACUCACUCGCCUCAGGGCCACGGACGAUCGUGUCCCAACGUCACUGAUGAAAGAAUACUACGUGCAACGGGCUGCUGUUCCCGGGACAUUGAUUCUUGUCGAGGGGACCUUUGCCUCAUCUGCAUGCGGCACCUUUGACAAUGCUCCCGGAAUUUGGAGCCGGGAACAGAUCGAGGCGUGGCGGGACAUUACGGACGAGGUUCACCGCCGAGGCAGCUUCAUAUACUGUCAGCUCUUUCUAGCUGGUCGUGCAGCCUCAGCCGAGACUUCGGCCAAGGAAGGGAUCCCGAUUCUGGGCCCCAGUGCUAUUCCGUUCGCUCCAGAUGCGCCUGUUCCUCGCGCCAUGACCAUCGAAGAGAUACGCAAGACCACCCAGGACUUUGCAGACGCAUCGAGGAACGCCAUCGAGGCCGGCUUUGAUGGUGUUGAGUGUCAUGUUGCAAAUGGCUAUCUUCUUGACCAGUUCCUACAAGACGUCAGCAACCAGCGAGACGAUGAGUACGGCGGCAGUGUGGAAAACAGGUCUCGUUUUCCUCAUGAAGUAAUGAAGGCAAUGGUUGACGCCGUUGGAGCUGAGCGUGUUGGGUUCCGCAUCAGUCCCUGGAGUACGUUCCAGGGCGUGAAAAUGAAGGACCCAAUCCCCCAGUUUUCGGACCUCAUCAAGAAAGCACAAGACCUAAACCUUGCUUUUCUUCAUGUGGUUGAAUCACGGAUCUCCGGCUCUGAGGAUUCCUCGAGCAAUGAGUCGCUCGACUUUGUAUAUGAUCUUUGGGAUGGACCCAUUCUUCUUGCAGGAGGGUAUAACCCCGACACCGCUCGUCAUGUUGUGGAUAAAGAGCACCCUAACAAGAACAUUGUCGUUAUGUUUGGGAGGUACUUCAUCUCAAACCCGGACCUUGUGUACCGUAUCAAGGAGGGAUUGCAGCUAAGUCCUUACAACCGCAACACCUUCUACAUCCCUCAGUCAAAGAUAGGAUAUUCAGAUUACCCUUUCAGCAAGGAGUACCUAGCCAGUGGGUUGGCCCAGGCAUAG